AUGGCGCCUCCCCAGAUUUGCGUGAUUGGCUCCCUGAAUAUCGACUUUGUCACCUACACUCCACGUUGUCCCGAUGCCGGCGAGACCCUCACAGCCAACUCCCUCGCUAUCAGCGCCGGAGGGAAAGGUGCCAACCAGGCGGUCGCGUGCGGUCGCGCCUCUUUCGCUUCCAAAGACAACCAAGAUGCGUCGGUGUAUAUGAUUGGCGCGGUCGGAGCAGGUGAUCCCUACUACUCGGCCCUCCUUCGCCCAACAUUGGAGGGUUCUGGAGUCAGCACAACGGGAAUCCAGGAAAAGACGGACAGCCAAACGGGUUCUGCUACAAUCAUCGUGGAUGAAGGAGCUGGAGGAGAGAAUCGGAUUUUGUUCGUCCCCGGUGCUAACUACUCGGGAAUGGAUAAUGCAGAUGCAGUCCUCGCUACCACUCGGAACAUCCAUCUAGAACAAGGCGUUGUCGUGAUGCAGGGCGAGAUCCCGAGGUCGACCACCUUGGAGUUGAUGAAGCACUUUAACAGCGCUUCCUGCGCUUCUCACCUCGUCUUCAACCCUGCACCGGUCUUCACAGAAGGGAUUCCCCUGGCCGCUCUUGCCGGCACGAGUGUGCUGGCCAUGAAUGAGACUGAAGCUGUCCUCAUGACCCAGGCGGUCAAAGAGCAUCUCACCACUGCCCAGCAGGAGCAGGACUUGAAGCCCGAGGAACUUGCACCUCUAUUCCACAAACAUGCCCAGGUCCAGAUUGUUCUAAUAACUCUCGGAGCCAAGGGUGCCUAUUACUCAACGGCCACUGGCAAGCAGGGCUUUGCUCCUAGCGCCGCGGUGGAGAAGGUUGUAGACACCACUGCCGCCGGAGACACGUUUGUCGGUUACUUCGCUACUGCUUUUGCCAAGUUUGUUGCCACCGGUGCUCCACUGGCGGACUUCGAUGCCCAGAUCGAAGCGGCCGUUCGGAAGGCGAACGUGGCCGCCGCAGGGUGUGUGCAGAGGAAGGGUGCGAUGCAGAGCAUCCCGUUCGCUUAUGAGAUCUAG